CUGAUGAUAAUCAUGUUGGAGUUGAUGAUUCGCACUACGUCAGCGCUAAAAAUUUCCAUAUAAAAGCGACGGCCAGCGGCACCGCGAUCUUAGUCGAUUUUGAACUUUUCACGCGUUCGCUGCCUCAGUCUUUCGUUCGUUAUUAACUCAGCUUCCACAAUGAAAUACGCCGUGAUUGCCAUCGCCCUGUUCGCGAUUUCUGCCGCGUCGGCCUCUUCCGCUGGCCAGUUUCUGCCCCGUGCCUUCUUCACCUUGGACUCCGAGGGCCAUCAGUCCGAUGUCCAUCCGGUUAAUGCCCAUCUGCUGAGGCGUCUGCGUCGUCAGGUCUUCAGUUCCUCGUCUUCCUCCUCGUCCUCCUCCUCCUCGUCUGGAAACGGUGGCACCGUCACCUAUGCCUCCCAUUCCGUUCAGAACGCCGAUGGUUCCGGACACUCUGGCUCUUCCUACACCCAGCAGGCGGCGGCUCCAGUUGUGGGAGGCGUCAACUUCGACAGCCGUUUUGGAGAGGACUCUGCCUCCGGAAACUACAACAGUGGAAACUACAACAGUGGUAACUACAACAAUGGAUACAACAGCGCAAACUAUCCCAGCUACUCCUCUGGAAGCAUAAACACCGCCAGCUAUCCAUCUGGCGGAGUUGGUAGCAGCUACACCUCCCAGUCCAACUAUGGAGCUGCUCCCCAAACCGUUAUCCAUCAGACGGUCACCUCCUUCGAUGCUGCCGGAAACCAGAAGACGACCAACAUCCAGGGCGCCACCGAUCAGACCGGCAACCUGAACAUAAAGAAGACCGAGAUCAGCUACCCUUCCAACUAACCACUGUCUAGUUGGCAUAGAAUUUAGUUAUUUUCGAAUGUAAUUGGAGGUGCAAUGGAGUGAAGUAAUAUAUUAUAUAAUAAAGUAAAAAAUUUAGGAAACUUAA